AUGUACGCGCACACACAUAGCUGAGUACUGAAAGACGACACAGUAACAUUACUUUACAAAGGUCAACCAAAGCAUUUUAUACAAUAGUCUACACAUUUUAUACAAUAAAUGUAUUUAUGUGAAAAGUGUAAAAGGUACAUUUACUUCAACUGCUGAUUGGAAAGUUUCUAGGAUUAAAUGCAUUCUGUACUUAAGUAUUUAAAAACUAAAAGGACAGAAAAAGAACUACAAUAAAAAGGAGAGCAGAGAGAUCAAAGUAACAGACAGAAGAAGAAAGGACAAGAGAGACACAGAAAACAAAGUCGGUCGCAUGGUGAGAAAGAAAGAGAGAAUAAGAGACGCAGAGAGAGAUAAGGACGUAGAGAUGGAAAGAGAGACAGACAGAUGGAGGAGGGGGGGCGGAGAGAUAAAGAUAGCUGAAAGGAGGGAGAUCCGUCAGCGUUUGUUUCCUCAGGAUGUGGUUACCACGACGACGAACAGGCACAGAGGCAACAUCACUACUCGCUGGUCCCUUCUGACACCUGCAAGUGUGUGUGUGUGUGUGUGUGUGUGUGUGUGUGUGUGUGUGUGUGUGUGUUUUUUUCACUGAGAAUUUGAGUGAGUAAAUGAGUGUAUGUGGUCUGUGUUUCAUUGGUUGUGUGUCCAUUUUGCUUUAGGUAUGUGUGACAGAGUGUGUGUGUGUGUGUGCUGAUAAAGGAUACACAGCAGAGAGAGAGACAGAUAGGAAGGACUAUGUGAAAGGAAAUAAUCACACCAACACUUAAGACAAAGCGAAAGAGCAAACAAAGUCAGAGUACGAUGAAGACAAUCAGAGGAACAACCUGGAGCAGAAAACAUGAACACCAGAGGAGGAACAUAUGUGAAAAGGAAAUUAAGCGGCAAAGACUGGCACUCUAGCUACACCCAGUGAGCCAUCAUGGAAGACCCUUCAUCCACCCAAUCCUUCCCCAACCAUCAUCGCCACCACCCAUCCUUUCACCUCACCUUGCCCAGCCAACAAAGCCCUGAAGUGGGAUUCCCGUCCUCUCAGCGUGCCCUGGACCCUUUGGAGCAAUAUGGAAGUAAUGGGGAAGAAUCCACAAACUCCUUCCUGACUUCAAGCACCUCCUCAGGGGGUCCGAGGGGAAGCAACGGGGCUGGCACAGGCUUCCUAAACACAAGUGGUGGUGGCUUGGAUGGAGAUGCUAACUUUGGAGGCCAUCUUGAUGGAGAAAGGGGAUUAGGCAGCCAUUUCUCUGAAACUUGUUACGGCGGUAGCAAAAACGAGGAAGUUUGGGAGGACGGGGAGAACUGUGAAAACGCUGCAGAUGAUUUUUAUAGGAAAGAUGAUUGCUAUAGUAACGCAAACGACGUUUUUUACUCCGUGAAUUGUGACGGUGAGGAAGGAGUCAGACAUAAACUCAGAGCAAACUAUGAUAAUUACGCUCAUGUUAGGUGUGAAGCUAAAGGCGAAACAGUUUACAAUAGGGAGGCUAACGUUAGCCACUUUACUAAACAAUCUACUUCUUACAACAGAACCGCGGCGGGGAGCUUUAGCGACAGCAGUGUUGAUUAUUCAAGAGUGAGUGAUAAUUAUUUAGGGAGAGAGGAAGAUUAUGGAUCCAGCUGUGGCUCAGGUGAGGAUCAGCUUCAAUCCGCAGAGAUGGAAGGACCCUGGCUCAGUGUCUCUCCCUCGAGUCAGCCCGCAGAAGGCAGGUGGAGAAGAACAGCUGACACCAACACUUCAGGAUGCCUGAUGCAGAGAUCCCCUCUGGACAUCAGCAGCGGGACGUACACUCAGAAACUGGACUCCUUCUCUGAGGCCUUCCUCUCCCAGGGAAAGAGAAUAUUCCCUGUGAUUCCCAGUGGAGAUUCCUCUGGACAGUUCUGGGACUUUGGGGUAGGGAGAGGAGAAAGCUCUGGAUUUGUCAAGUCAAGGCACAGCUGUGCUUUUGAUUCAGACUCCUACCUGCCUCCCUCCUCUUCCUCACCCGCUCACCCCUCUCUUCCGUCCUUCCCCUCUCCUCCCACAUCAUCCCACAUCAUGUCUUCAGUUCUUAGUCCUCCUCCCACACCUCUGCCUCCUCCCUCCCACUCACCCUCCAAAAUGGACUCCACCGGACCUUCAGCGUCCCAGGGGGGAGACUCACUUGGUACACUCCAGUUUUUCGCUUCACAACUUCAGUCUCUCCCAUCGAUCCAUUCCUCUGGGAUGAUAUGGAAGUUUCCACUGCUGUCACACAGCUUUCCACUGACGUCGGGCAAACCGAGCAUCAUGGAAGGCAACCUGAGACCUUCUCAUGGCAGUAACUAUGGCGUCAUCACAGCCUCCCACAUUCAGUCUUCAGAAGCGGCAUUCCUCUCUUCCCCAUCCCCUCCUCCAUCCCUUCAUCCCUCCUUCCAUCUUCCCUCUCGUCCAUCUCACCUUUCAGGCCAGCAUUAUGAGGCCGCAGAAAAGAUAGGCUCUUACAUUGUGAAAGUAAAGAAUGAACCAGCCAGUCUGAACCAACCCAAGCUACAGCAACAAGUUGCUCCUGUCUACACUGGAACUGCAUUUCCCAGUAUCCUUCACUCCAGCAGAGGUCCGAAGAGGGGCCGGUACACUCCUCAACCGCUCCUCAAUCCAGCUCGUCGGGGGACGGGUCUGUACUCCUCCAUCUCAUCCCUCAAUCACAGAGAGGAGGAAACAGCAUGUGGACAAAAGCACGAUGACAGUGUUGUGUUACCGUGUGUCAAUGUGGGUCAUGAUUUCCAGGCACAGCUUCCUCCAUGCUUUGUGGAUGGAGAAGGGUCAAGGGUGUGGUUAUCAGAGGAGGAAUCUCCUAGGGAACAGUUGCUCUGGAAACCGUGGGACAAGCUGGAGGAGAGUACCACCCUACAAAACCAAGUUGAGAAGCUGUUGUCCAUGUGCAGUUCCAGCUGUGCACCAGGAGGGGGCAGUAACACAGAGCUGGCCCUGCACUGUCUGCACUACUGUCAGGGGAGCACGAUGGCCACUGUGGAGAUGCUGCUGUUCUCACAGCCCUCGCCAGCAGGAGACUACCACUACUCCGGUAGUGAUUGUUGGACAGACAGUGAAAAGCGUCUCUUCAGUGCAGCUCUGGGAACUUAUGGGAAAGACUUUUCCUUCAUACAGAAAAUGGUGAGGACUAAGACCGUGUGCCAGUCUGUUGAAUUUUACUACCUGAGCAAGAGGCUCCAGGACAAGCAAAAGAAACAGAAGGAGGAGGAACACAGAGAUGCAGUGAUGGAGCAGCAGAAAAGUAAAACCCCCAUCUGUCAGCCAGUGAACGCACAGUUUGGCCUGGAGGAGACGGUUCCUGUGUCGUUAUUGACCAGCUUUUUCCCCUGCAAGCUGUGUGGCAAAAUGUUCUAUAAAAUCAAGUCCCGUAAUGCUCACAUGAAGAUCCACCGGCAGCCUCAGGAGGAUUGGACCGACCGGCGGCUGCAGCACCAGCUCCUCACGCAGCGUCUGGCUCUCAGUCACUCCACCAACCUCAUGCCCACCCCAGGCAGUAAUCUGAUCCCCCCCCACGCCGCAGCUCUGACCUUUCCCUCCUCUGGCCUCGCUGGAACAUCAAGCAACAGCACCAAUGCAGACACUGUCCUCCACACCAUCACGCCCAGCAAUACCAUCGUCCUCGACCCCAGCGCCGCGGCAACAUACAGCAACAUCGCUGCUUCAAACUCUCAUGUGAUCACCAAUAUAGACUCUAAUCAAAGAGAACCCGUCUUACCUUUCCACCAAUCAUGGAGCUCCUUUGGACACGGCCCCGACCCUGCGGUCUUCUUCUGCAACACAGAAAGGAAAGAUGGCGCUGGGACAGUGGGGGGGAAAGAGCCAAUCAACUGGCAGUAAAAGCAUUUCUACCACUGAGCUCUGAGACUCAGCAUAACUGUGUUUUAAUUCAAACUAAAUAUCAAUUAAAACUUUUUGAAGCGUAAUUCAAAGGACAUUAUGUUUUCAGAUCGGUUUGUCCGUUUGUCAGCAGGAUUACCGAAAAAGUAGGGUGUAGUAUGGACCAAUGAAGAACCAAUUACAUUCUGAGCGGAUCCGAUUCGCCAGUCGGAUACACAUGUUAUGUUUCACGUUCGUUAUCAUCGUGAAACGGAGGUCUGCGCUCUCCGAAUGCCUUUUUAUUUUUUUGUUGUAAAUUGUGUAUUUAAAUGUGUUUCAUAUUUAAAUGUUUCUUCGCCAUUUGACAUUUGAAUAAACAUUUUAACCUCA